CUCAUCAAAAACUCCCUGCACUGAACGUUGCAAAGCACACGUAUAGAGUUGUAAUCGGACAGAAGCGAAAUCUGCUGCUGUCAACCGGCAGAAAAAGCGCAGACGAAAAUGCCUAAAGCGUUCCUUGUCAAGAAAAAGAGUGAAAAACUAAAACGAUUUCCUUCGAAUCUGUUCGUCAAAAGGCAGGCAAUCGGUGAGUGAAAUAAUGUAUUGUGUUAAUUCUGAUGCACUUGUCAUAUUUUGGACAGGUAGCGAGGAUAGAGAAAAUUUUUUUAAUGAACUUCGACCAAAUCAAAGCAUUCGCGUUUCUCGUGAUUUGCGCUCGCUCUUUGCAUUGACUUUGCCUAAUUAUCAAAUGGCUGCUCUUUUGCCACGAAUUUUUGAUCGCUGGUUUGCGUUGCUAACAGUGCGCUGAAUAAUUUGUAAACCAAAUAUCUGAUUCCUGCCAUGUGUUUUCUGCACACGCAACAGGUUAUAGUCAAGAACAUGAACAUGCUGCCCCGCAUAUCAAAAGCCCAAGAGUGCACUUACAAAUACCCACCGAAAUCAGGUGGGAGAAGAAAAUAUUCUCCUAUCCAGCAGAAGUUUCUGGACUCGCAGUGCUUAGGGAAGCACCAAAGAGCGGCACCACAGAAUCUCAGGAAAAACACAAACAACCUGACUAUAGGAGCGUCGAUGAAAACGGUAAUGAGAUCGCCCCGGGGCAGACAGCGAGAAACGAAUUACAAUGCCAAGAGUGCAGUAAAAGCUAUUCAUCGGUUACGUCGCUACUUCGCCACCAGCAAUACCACUGUCACCCGCAUCACAAGCGCCCGUUCCACUGCAAGUACUGCGAUAAACUCUACAUGUCGCUAGGAGCUCUUAAAAUGCACAUCCGAACGCAUACACUUCCCUGUAAAUGCAAAAUUUGCGGGAAGGCGUUUAGCAGACCCUGGCUUCUUCAAGGACAUAUUAGAACCCACACGGGUGAAAAACCUUACAAAUGUUCAAGCUGUCAGAGAGCUUUCGCUGAUAGAUCGAACCUACGCGCGCAUCUUCAAACUCAUUCGGAGGUCAAGAAAUACUGCUGCAGUUUGUGCUCCAAAUCUUUUUCAAGGAUGUCGUUGCUGCUGAAGCAUGAAGAAAACGGAUGCCCAGGAAACACUACUUGACUGAUUUAAUUCCAGAACUUUCGAUUCGACCGAAAAGUCCCAUUUGCCUUAAUUCGUAAAGUUUUAAUACCGCACCAAAAAAAUCUCAGUCGUUUUUUUUGAAAAAAUGUUUUUGUUGAAAUACGAAGCCACAAAUCAGGCACAACAAGACAAUACUAGUUCACCUUGUGACUAAUGGGUUUGCAACAGGUUAAAAACAUGGCGAUAGCUGUCCAUAAAGACAGAGAAAAGCGAUAACCAAACAAUCAAAGUCUUAGAAAUUCAAGGAUGCAACCGAAUACUUUACCAUAACAACUGGAUCACUCUAACUUUGCGGCCUAAAAAAGCGUUCAAUGACCUCAGACAUUUUGGGGAGCAUACAGAGAGACAGGAAGCAGAAACUCGACCCAGUAUAAAAAAGGAGCUAAAGAGUAGCUAGAAAAAAUUAUUAUAAGGUAAUAAUUUAUAUUGACGAACAGAAAAAAUGUACAAAGAUGAUCGUUUCUAAAUAAAGCGGAUUUUCAUUUUCAGUGCUCUAGUCGUCGAUGUAAUCCUAAGACAAUGCGAACGCUAUAAUCUGUUCAGGCAUUUAACUGCGCUAAACACCUGUCGAC